AGCCAUCAACCACAAACUCUUAACAGCACCAAAAUGGAAAUCAAAGGUCAGCUGAUAAGUUCUACCACCUUCAAUGCCCCAGCUGCCCUGUUCGGAGAGGUCACCUCCCAGGUGAAAUCAGAACGUCUGCGGGGGCUGCUUGACCGACAGCGGGCCCUGCAGGAGAUGCUGAGCCUGAAACUUCAGGAACUACGAAAAAUGUGUCUUCGGGAAGCGGAGCUAACUGGCCAACUGCCCCCUGAGUGCCCUUUGGAGCCUGGUGAACAACCUCAGUUGGUCCGACGGCGGCCCCCUGCAGCCCGCACAUACCCUCCAUCACACCCCAACCCAGCAUACCACUCCUUGUACCCUGCUGAGGAGCUGGCUCUUGAGGCCUUGGAGCGCGAGGUAUCAGUGCAGCAGCAGAUUGCAGCAGCUGCUCGCCGCCUGGCCCUGGCUCCUGAGCUGAGUGUUGAGCAGCGCCGGCGCAGGCGCCAGGUCCAGGCAGAUGCACUUCGGAGGCUGCACGAGCUGGAGGAGCAACUUGGGAAUGUCCGGGCCUGCCUUGGCCUUCCAGUGCUCCCACCACCCCAGCCACUGCCGCUGUCCACAGGAGCAGUUAUCACCACCCAGGGAGCCUGCCUGAGCACACGCUUUGUUCAACUAAGCCAAGAAGACGUAGUUCUGCAUUCAGAGAGCAGCUCCCUCUCAGAAUCUGGGGCCAGCCAUGAUAAUGAGGAACCUCGUAGCUGCUUCCCUCUGGCUGAACGGCUCUCACCACCCAAGGCCUGGGAUCAGGUUCGAGUAGUAUCUGGGGGCAGUCCUGAGCGGCGAGCCCCAUGGAAACCACUCCCAUCAGAUCUUUAUGUGGAUCUGAAGAGCCGGCGGAAUUCUGUGGCCAGCCCCACCAGCCCCACACGUUCACUACCCAGGAGUGCCUCCAGUUUUGAGGGACGAAGUGUGCCUGCCACUCCUGUCCUUACCCGGGGCACUGGCCCCCAGCUCUGCAAACCUGAAGGCCUCCAUUCUCGACAAUGGUCCAGCAGCCAGGACUCUCAGAUGGGCUUUCCCUGGACUGAAGACCCUGCCUCUGACCACGCCUCCCUCUUUGCAUCUCGCACCCGCCGCAGCAACAGCUCUGAGGCUUUGCUUGUGGACUGGGCCACUGAAGAGGGAGCUGGCUCCUCACCUGCCACUCUUCAUCCCGCUGCUGCUGGUCCCCCGGUCUGUAAGAGCAGUGAGGUGCUAUAUGAGCACCCACAGUUAGUCCUUGCAUUCUCCUCUCGCACAGCUGGUCCCUCGGAUCCUCCUCGGGCUGCCCGGCCCAGCUCAGCUGCCCCUGCCUCUCGUGGGGCCCCUAAGCACCCACCUGUGUGUGGGGACUUCCUCUUGGACUAUUCUCUGGAACAGGGCCUGCCCAGAGGUAAUGGUGGAGUAGGUUGGGGGGAGCUGGUAUCUGCAGCUGAGGUCCCAGGACCUCUCACCCGCCGGGAUGGGCCCCUCACCAUAUUCCCAAGCUCACCACCUAUGUAUGCAGCUGAUGGCAGCAGCCCUCUCCUUCACAGCAAGGACCCCCAUGUUCGUGCUACCCGCACCAAGCCCUGUGGCUUGGCCCCAGAGGCCUCUGAGGGCCCAGAGGUGCAUCCACCUCCUCUGCUAUGGAUGCACCCACCCACCCGUUUCCCCCUGCCUGUUGAGCGCAGCGGCCACAAGAACCUUGCAUUGGAGGGGCUGAGGGACUGGUAUAUCCGGAACUCAGGACUGGCUGCAGGGCCUCAGCGCCGGAAUGUGCUCCCUCACAUGGGCCCACCACACCAACCCUUCCUCCAUACCCGUUGCUAUGAGGUGGGCCAGGUGCUGUAUGGGACCCCCAGCCAGGCAUCACUCCCGCACUCAAGGAGUUUCACAGCGCCCCCUGUCUCCAACAGGUACUACACGGACUUCCUGUAUCCAUCGGAGCUGAGGACUCGUUUAAGUGACCUGACUUUAGAUGGGCAGCAGUCAUCCAGCUCUGACCCUCAGACACCAGGGACAUUGGUCUGA